GUUCAUAUCGGCGCGCGUGCCCUACCCCCAUCGAGACAGACGGAUGUACCCGGUCUCUCCACCUCCGCCUCUGUUUGGUCCAAGCAGUCCUUUUGCCUCGGGUCAUCCGUGCCGGCGUGCUUCUGCGACCGGCACUCGUGUUUUGUGAAAACAACUAGUUGUGGUGCCUUCUGGAACGUUUCUCCGGGAAUAGUGAAGGGGUGAACAAAGAUGGAUGUCACUAGCGGGAUGAGACCGAUUUUUGGUGGAUAUCCGUUUCAAGGCCAGGGACGCAUGAAUCAACUGGGAGGCGUCUUCAUCAAUGGUCGGCCCCUUCCGAAUCACAUCCGAUUGAAAAUCGUCGAAAUGGCAGCAGCAGGAGUCCGUCCUUGCGUUAUCUCGCGACAACUUCGAGUUUCUCAUGGCUGCGUGUCGAAAAUUCUGAAUCGUUAUCAGGAGACCGGAUCUAUAAGGCCUGGGGUGAUUGGUGGUAGCAAACCGAGGGUGGCUACACCGGAAAUCGAGACCAGGAUCGAAGAGAUGAAGAGAGAUAAUCCUGGGAUCUUCUCCUGGGAGAUCAGGGAGAAAUUAGUGAAGGAAGGUUUCACAGAUCCUCCAAGUGUUAGCUCCAUCAGUAGACUACUUCGUGGUGGACGACCUGGGGAUGAUGGGAAAAAAGAUUACACCAUCGAUGGAAUAUUAGGGGGUGGUCGUUGUGGCGACGAGUCUGACACGGAAAGCGAACCAGGCAUUCCUUUGAAGCGAAAGCAACGCAGGAGCAGGACUACAUUCACUGGAGAACAACUGGAACAAUUGGAGACUGCGUUCCAGAGAGCUCAGUACCCCGAUGUCUAUGCUAGGGAAGAAUUAGCUCAGAGGACGGGUCUUACGGAGGCUAGGAUUCAAGUAUGGUUUAGUAAUCGCAGGGCACGGUUGCGAAAGCACGCAGGUAGCAUAGCGCAUUCGGUAGCCAGUCUGCCGUUAACCCCAUGCCAGUAUGCAAGCAGCCACGAAUUGGGUCAAAUACCGCAGGUACCUCAGAUGCCACCUGGAAUUCCACAGGUACCAACCACCUUGCAUCACACUCCGCCAACGACGCUGCAUCAACCAAACGCCGGUGUUCAUCCGAUCCCUGGUACCAGUACGCAAAUCCCGACGACCACCUCCAUAGCUCAAGUACCUGCAACAAUUAGUAGUGCUCUUCAGGGACACGCAGUGUCGAUUUCGGGUCAUUUGAGCUCCUUACCAGGACACGCGAUGCAGAUCGGUCAAGUACCGACUCUCCAACCACCGGCGGCCCAUGGUGCACCUACCACGUUGUCUCAUAAUGCAGGAAGUGCAGAUUGGUCCAGAGCACAGAUAGGCUGGGGACAGUUCAAUCACUUCCAGGGUGAAUACACGUCGAGUCAUUCGAGUCAUCAACAUUCCACGCACGCGAGUCAUGGUACACCGUCUUCUGGUACCGGGAAUUCUGCAUCGGCGGCGGAAUGGUACGAUCAGGGUUACGAUUAUUCCCAACACGCUCAGUUGAACUAUCAUCGAAGCGUGGGUGGAAUAUUUUAACGUAUGAUGAUUGAAAGGACAUUAGUGAAAAGUCGGUUCAAUGAUGAAUCUAUGGUCUUGUAAAAAUAAUAAGAUCAAGUCAGACGA